GGCUGUGGUCACGUGGUCACUGUCGCUACCUCCAUGCUGGAGUUGAUGUAACGGGCGUUUGGAUCGAUCAUUGUGCCGGUGUUUGAGAUUCAUUGAUCGGAUAAACGGCGAUCAGACGGAUCUGUCAGCAGACAUGUCGUACUGCAAGCAGGAAGGUAAAGAUCGCAUCAUAUUUGUCACCAAGGAGGAUCAUGAAGCACCCAGUAAUGCUGAGCUUAUCGAAGAUGAUCCAAAUGAUCCAUAUGAGGAUCACGGUCUUAUUCUCCCUAAUGGUGAUAUAAAUUGGAACUGCCCGUGUUUGGGCGGCAUGGCCAGUGGCCCUUGUGGACAGCAGUUCAAGGACGCCUUUUCUUGUUUCCACUAUAGUAAAGAGGAGGUAAAGGGUUCAGAUUGUGUGGAAAACUUCCAGAGUAUGCAGGAGUGUAUGCAGAAGUACCCUGAGCUCUACCCUCAGGAAGAUGACAAUGACAGUGCCCCCUCUGGUGGGGCGGAUACUGCACCCACUGACUCUGUCCCUACAUCCUCUCCUGAUUCCACACCAGCAACCACAGAAAACCCAGCAGCUAGCUAAUAUUAUCUUGGCUUCAUUCCCUUCACACCUCACAGCAAAGAGAGCUCCACUUUUGAGUAUGAAGAGAUAAUGUCUAACUAUGCCACUGGAUCGAUGCUCUCCACCUGACUGCAUUUUGUGAAUCAAAUAUUCGAAUGACAUUAACAUGCACUUAAGGGACCGAUGAAAAGAUGAGGAUCUGUACGAAUGGCAGGUCAGUUUGCACUUGGCCUGUGAAACGUUAGCUGCCAUUUGAACCGUCCGGCUUUGUAUUUUCUGAUUAUUAUUUGCUCCACAACCUAAGCUUAGCUUGUUUGACUUGUGUGCUACAACAGAUCAAAGGUCAACUGGCAUUGGAGAUUGAAUAAACAAAACAAAUAAACAUUUCAUGUGCUGUUUUGUUGUAGAACAUGAUUAAACAAUUUUAUGAUGAAGAAAUGUUCUGUUGCUGAAGUGUUGGAAAGCAUGUAGCCCAAGGUUGCAAGUACAAACAUUAGGGGGUGUGAGUAAGUAAACCAGUAGCCUUACCCGUCAUCUGAUGAUAAAAAUACAUAAUUUGUUGACGUUAAACGAUUAUAAUGGCAAAACAACACAUUAUAAAAGAAUGGAUCUUCUGUUUAGUAAGAACAUACAAAGAUCUGUUGUUCCAAAGACUAGUAAGGUUUCGUUCAAUUGAAGUAUCUUAACACUGAGGGCUGUUUCUAGAUCCAUUUUCAACACAUGCUAAUAAUAAACAGUGUUAAAAAUUGUGCGAAUAUCAGAUCCUUUUUAUAACUCCUAAAUAUGUUUAAGCUUAUGUGGCUUAUUGAUAUAUUCAAUCAAUGACAUUUGUUUAUCCAAGAUUGACAUGUCAUUCAAAGCCUUAAUGUGAAUUUUCCUAUUUUGAUUAAACAAGAAACAUAAUGAUCUUUUCAUCUGUGAUAUAUCUGUUUCUGAAAAAUCUUUUAAUAAAACAAAAGAUACUGAGUCCAAAUCAUGCAUAAGCACU